UGUAGAACUUCUUCUGUCCAUGAGAUUCAAGUUUGCCACUUCUCACAUUUUCGUUUGUAUCCGCCUCGCUUCAUCGACGACCUCACAGUAGCGGUAGGGGUAGCUAUAGCUUCUUUAGUUAGGCGUCAAAGUACUUAGAUUAAAGCUUCUGCGCUACCUCGGGCGGGUCGCCACAGCUGUUCCGACGCGCGAGCUGUACAUUCCGGGAGUGUUAAGCAGCGUUGUGUUUAGUACUCAACGGGGAACCGCAACCUCCAGCACCUGCAUCGGCAAGCCUGGCAUCGAGAUCACUGCGAGUACGCGGGCGCCGCCGUCGCCAACCGACCGAACGCCGUAGUCGGCCCACCACGAGGAACGACCGGAAAAGAUUUGCAUUGCGAACAAGUCAAGGAUUUGGGACCACCAUCCUCAGCAUGAAUCUGCAUGAGAUUCCGAGACGGCUUCGCCUGGCGUGGCUGUUCCGGGAAGAGGCCACCGCCGUUUGCCGACCUAGUUGCGACCGUACGACACCGGUAGCGGACCAAAGGCGUUCAAGUCUGGGAGUAAUAUUCGCUCGGGAAAACAUGCCGAGCUGCGCUCCUUCAAGCGACAUCUUCACCCGAAGAAAAUCUGAGCCACAAGUUGCAAUGGCAAAGCGACAGAAACUACCCUGCAAAGAGCGCAAAGCGCGUGGCUUCUAUUCAGACCUCCAGCGAACCAAUGCAAGCACCUUCUUUUGUAUUGAGAAAAGAAACAUUCGCCGAUAG